AUGUCAUCUGAGCAAGUGGUGACAAUGGAUACGGCUGCCAAUACCCCGAUUGACAAGGGUCCGAUUGACAAGGGUCCGAUUGAAAAGGGUCUGACGGAGCAGGAUUUGGUAGUGUACAAGACUAUGCCGGUGUGGAGUGCUAAGACGCUGCCGAAUGGGUUCAAGGAGAAGCACAAUACCAAGGAAGGUGUGUGGGCAAAGUUAACUGUGUUGGAGGGUGCUUUGGACUUUGCAUUUCUAACGGAGGAGGGGAAGGUUGUGGAUGAGUUGAUCUUUACCCCGGAGGAACAGGCACCACUUGUGGAGCCGCAGGUAUGGCACCGGAUCUCGAGUGUGUCCCCAGAUAUUUUAUGCCAGUUGCGCUUUCUCUGCGAGCCGAGAGAUUACUAUUUUCGGAAGUACGGUUUGACACCGCCUCACUCGGAAGUCGUGGCCGCCUUGAAGGGCAAUCUUGAGGUUGAUGCGUCGCCAUGGGCGUUGGACGUUGGCUGUGGGAAAGGUCGUAACGCACUUUACCUUCAACAGCACGGCUGGAAGGUCACAUGCUGGGACCGAAACGCCGAGAGCAUCCAAAGUCUCGCGACAAUUGCACAAGAGGAAAAAAUCCAAGAAAAUAUUGAUGCCACUGUACACGACCUAGACUCCGAGUCACUCCCGACAGGACCAUAUAACCUCAUCGUUAACACCGUCGUUCUCAUGUUCUUAGAACCCAAAUCCGUCAACCGAGUCGUCAAAGAAAUGCAACAAAGCACCGCCGACGGAGGAUACAACCUCAUUGUCUGCGCCAUGGAUUCAGAUGACUAUCCCUUGUCCGACCAACCCAAUCUACCGUUCAAGUUUACCUUCAAAAAAGGACAACUCAAAGAACUAUACUCCAACUGGUCCAUUCUUAAAUAUAACGAAGAUGUCGGAUCACUUCAUAAAACAGACGAACAUGGAAAUCCAAUACAACUUCGGUUUGCUACACUCUUAGCCAAGAAAAUCUCGUCCUAA